AUGGGAUCAAUCGGGUAUCCGGAUGUCCAACCCCUUGAAAUCUUUUCCAAGCGCGGCCAAAAUGCUGUUGAGCUGGGUUCCAAGCGAAUAAUCUGGGAUGUGAUCAGUGACAUGUGGAAUCCUGAUACUAAUCCGUCCGGAAUCUUGUCCAUCGGAAUGGCAGAAAACACGCUGCUACACAAUACACUACUCCAGUACAUUGAAGCCAACUUUCGCCUGUCAGCCGAGCACCUCACCUACAAUAACGGAAGUAUGGGGUCCAACGCGCUUCGAAAGGCGGUAUCACACUUCUUGAACAGACAUUUCAAUGCCUUUCGACCAGUAGAGCCUAGUCAUAUCCUGAUGACGAAUGGAUGUUCUUCUGCCAUUGAGCAUUUGAGCUGGGCCUUCGUUAACCCAGGUGAGGGUGUUCUUCUUGGAAUGCCGUACUACAGCACCUUCAUCGCAGACAUCUCACUACGGCCAGAGGCAGUGGUUAUACCGGUGAAGAUGGGAAACGUGGACCCUCUGAGCAUCGAAUCAGUUGAUCUUUAUGAAAAGGCUGCAGUAGAAUUUGAGGCGUCCACAGGGAGGCGAGUACGAGCUGUGAUCCUCUGCAAUCCGCAUAACCCCCUGGGGCGGUGCUACCCACGGGAAACCAUUGACAAGUUCAUGGAAUUCUGUCAGUCGAGGCAAAUGCACUUGAUUAGUGAUGAGAUCUACGCGCUGUCGGUCUGGGAGAAUCGUGUGGAUAAAGAUAUUCCUUUCACACCGUUCGAAUCAAUACUGUCGAGAGACAUAACUAGGCUCAUUGACCCCAGUCUUGUGCACGUUCUCUGGGGCAUGAGCAAGGACUUUGGUGCCAACGGCCUGCGAGUCGGUGCAAUCAUUUCACAAUCUAACCCCGAGCUCCAUAUUGCUCAGAAGUGUCUGUCCUUGUACUCCUUCGUCUCUGGGAUGUCGGAUCAGAUCACUGCAUCUAUUCUUUCAGACGACCAUUUUACUGAUAAAUACAUCGAGAUGAAUCGCGAGAGACUCUCUCUGUCUCACCAAUUCCUCGUUCACGCCCUGAACAAACACAAGAUCGAGUAUUUACGUGGCUGCAAUGCUGGAUUCUUUUUAUGGGUCAACCUCGGCGCGAAGUAUUUAGCGGCCCAUCCUGAAGAGGAGGGCCGGGCAACUGACCUCACUGAUAGAAUCUUUCAGAAGCUACUGGAUAACAAGGUCUACGUGGCUCAUGGGACUGCGUAUGGAUCGGAGAACCCGGGUUGGUUUCGUCUAGUGUUUGCGCACCCCAUUCCGUGGCUGAUGGAGGCAAUGGCACGCAUAGUUUGUGCCAUUCAAUGA